AUGGCGGCAGAUCGUGCUGUUAGUUACGUUGGGAUGGGCAAGAAAAGGAAGCUCUAUGGGAAAGUAUCUGGUCGGGAGGUGGUGGGGGCCUUGAGCUCUGUCAGUGACCCACCCACGCUUUAUCAUGCAGUUUCACAGCCAAUAACAAUGGUGGCAAGGAGAUCAGGUAGCUUCCCUGGAAGUGAAGCAGGAAAUAUUUUAUCGCCGAGGUCAUCAGAAACUGGGGGGCUAGGAGUCAAAAUGGUAGAAUAUGUUCUUGGAACUUCUCCAACGAGUAAAGAUCUUGAACCAAGGAUGAGAGCAUUGGUCUUGUCAAACGAAACAGGUGAAAAGAAAGACAAGGAUAAAGCUCCAGCUUCCCCAUAUGACACAACUAAUAAAAAAGAAAUGGAGAAUGGUGUAACACAGAAUGGCGUACAAAAUGGACUUGAUGAUGAUAAAGGAUUUAAUCGGACACCAGGGAGUCGACAACCAUCUCCCUCCGAUGAAGAUUUAAAUAAGAACAACUCAGUGGUUGUUCUGGAGGGAAGCCAUCUUAUGGGACAUUUUCCUCAAGGACAUCCUCUUCUUGAGUCACACUUUGAGGCACCAGUGAUGCUAGAUGGUGGAGGAGUAUUUGAAGGAGGGGCAGCCCCAUAUCACCAGGCCAGCCAGCAGCCCAUGGAAUCUCCUAAUGUGCUUCCACCUUCCUUUGAUGUACAGUGA